UGCACGCUAGCGCGGUCGACCACCACUCCAGCAGGAAGGUUUCUCAAGUUACUACACUGGGAUCCUUUUUUUCCCUAUAUAAGCUGCAAAGUUUGCAGAGAGCUAACAAGAACAGAACAUGGCGUCCAACAAGCUUGCUCUUCCGGUGGCUCUCCUGCUCUGCGGGCUCAUGGCGAUUGGAUCCCUACAGACCACGGAUGCGGAGUUUUGCCCAACAUACGACUGCCAGGUUGCCAAGUACAUGACGUGCCCGUCGUCGGGAAGCAGGCAGCUGUUUCCGGCGUGCAACUGCUGCUUCGCCCGCAACAUGGAGAAAGGAUGCAUCAUCUACUACAACAACGGGACCAUGUCGGAUUGCAGUAAACAGUGAUCGCAAUCCCUUUCUUGUAUGUGUUUAAGCAUGAUUUUUCUUGAUGCUGAAUAA